GCAUUGAAAGCAUUUUCACAGUCGUUUCGACACAACCCCACACAGUUUAACUUCUAAUACUUGCAGUCCGCUCCUGCUAUCAACAUGUCUAGCGAACAGAAUAAGAAGGCAAUCAACUUACUCUUCCAGAACCCUUUGGAACCGGUAUUCGCAACACGCGACAAUGGCAAGGCCGUACUGGAUGUACCUGAUAGCUUCUACACGGAACAGUAUACCGAAGUCAAAGAGGAGAUACAGAAUCGUUUUGGCGAAGAAGUCGACGUGAAGAUACCCAUACGAGACAUAAAGAGGAAGCCGAAUUUGGAUUUCGCUAAACCACUGACCAAACGUCGCCAAUUCUCACUCUUCUAUGCACCACAUCGCCGCAUCGCCGCGCAACUCAUACAAUUAUUGUUAGAGCCCACUACCGAGGAAGACUUCAUUGCUUUGGCCGCCUAUGUGAAGGAUCGUGUCAAUGCUUUCCUCUUCCAGUAUACCUUCUCGGUGGCGGUGCAACAUCGCAAGGACACCAAUAAAUUACAGGUGCCAGUAAUUGUGGAGCAAUUCCCACAAAACUUUGUUGAGCCAUCCGUGUUUCAGGAGGCACGUGCCGAGGGCAAAUUGGUCUCAGACCCAGGAAAUCGGCGGCGCAUUGAGAUUCCACAAAACUUCACCGCCUCCGACCGUGAGGAAGAGCAACGUUUGAGCUACUUCCGUGAGGAUAUCGGUGUUAAUAGCCAUCACUGGCAUUGGCAUUUGGUAUACCCCGGUUCGGGACCCGAUGAGGUCGUGCGCAAGGAUCGUCGUGGUGAGCUCUUCUAUUACAUGCAUCACCAGCUUAUGGCACGUUACAAUGUGGAACGCUUCUGCAAUGCUUUAGCUAAGCUACAGCCAUUGAACAAUAUACGCGAACCAGUGGAGGAGGGUUACUUCCCCAAAAUUUUAUGCAGUCUGAAUAGUCGCACCUAUCCGGGUCGUGUUGCUAAGACGGCAUUGAAGGAUAUCGAUCGCGAUGGACGUGUACUCGAACUAGCUGACAUUGAGCGCUGGAUCAAUCGUGUGGUGCAAAGUAUCGAUCAGGGUUAUGUAACUGAUGCAAGAGGCAAUAACAUACCAUUGGAUGAAGUGAAGGGCAUUGAUUUACUCGGCGAUAUAAUUGAGUCGAGCGAUCUCUCAGUCAAUCCCGGUUUCUAUGGUGAUCUUCACAACCAAGGACACAAUGUAAUUUCAUUCUCGCACGACCCAGACAAUCGUUUCUUAGAAGACUUCGGUGUUAUGGGUGAUGUCACCACCGCUAUGCGUGAUCCCAUCUUCUACCGCUGGCACGGCUACUUGGAUGUACUCUUCAAUCGUUUCAAGGAGAAGUUGCCUGUUUACAGCGCACCCGAACUGGGCUACGACGGCAUAUCUGUAACACGUGCUGAUGUCCGUAUCAUUAGCGCAACAAAGAACAUCGUAAACACGCUGCUAACCUACUGGGAAAAAUCUGAUGUCGAUCUGGCAGCUGGUCUCGAUUUCGGACCAGGUGGCAGUGUUUAUGCAUUGUUCACACAUUUGCAACAUUCUCCGUUCGAAUAUUUGAUCGAGGUGAACAACCAAAGUGGUACACCAAAGCGUGGUACUUGCCGUAUCUUCUUAUGUCCCAUCACCGAUGAGCGUGGCACAUCACUGACUUUGAAUGAACAACGUCAACUGGCCAUCGAAUUAGACAAGUUCAAUGUUAAUUUAAUGCCUGGUGUUAACAAAAUCAACCAUGCUUAUUCGGACUCCAGUGUAACCAUACCCUACGAACGUUCAUUCCGUCGCAUUGGCACCGCACAUUUGCCCGACAAUGCACAACAAUUGGCUGAAUUCCGUUUCUGCGGCUGCGGCUGGCCGGCACAUAUGCUACUGCCAAAGGGUAAACCCGAGGGCAUGCAAUUCGAACUAUUUGUCAUGAUCUCGAACUAUGAAGACGACGCUGUCGUGCAGAAGAAUAACGCUCCUGAUGUCUGUGGCGAUGCGGCUUCAUUCUGUGGUCUUAAAGACAAAUUAUAUCCCGACAAGCGUGCUAUGGGCUAUCCAUUCGAUAGACGCCUACCGGCUGAAACCUUGAACGCAUUGACUGAUAACUUCAGCAACAUGAAGAAGACACCAAUUAAGAUCAUCUUCCGCAAUGAGGUUGUCGAAAGGAAACGCAAUGGAGAGAAAAAAAUGACGGAUUAUGCAAAAGCUUUUCAAAUGCUCUUCCAGAGCCCUUUGGAGCCCAUCUACACUUGUCGCGACAAUGGCAAGUGUAUUUUCGAGCUACCAGACUCGCAUUAUAUGAAGUGCGAUGGAGGAGUGAAGAAAAUGCUGCAGGAACGCUAUGCGAAUAGCGAGCAUAUAAGGUUCACGCUGAAUGAGCUGCCGUCAAAACCGGAUCUAUCUUUCGCUGCUAAAUUGGGUAUGAAGCAAAACUUUUCGCUCUUCAAUACGCAGCAUAAGGAAAUUGCCGGCAAACUCAUCCGAUUGCUGAUGGAAGCUGAGGAUUUAGACCACUUUCUCAGCUUGUGUGUCUAUAUUAGACAUCGCUUGAACGCUAUGCUCUUCCAGUAUUGUUACUCAGUUGCUUUACUGCAUCGCUCGGAAACACGUGGCAUUUGGGUGCCACCCGUUGCCGAAAUAUUUCCAGCGAAUUUUAUUGAACCCUCAGCUUUUAAGGACAUGCGUACGGCUUUGGAAUUUAAAGGCAAUAAAAAGCCUCACGUACAAAUUCCCAUUAACUAUUCCGCAUCCGAUCGCGAAUUCGAACAACGUUUGGCAUAUUUCCGUGAAGAUAUUGGUGUGAAUAUGCAUCACUGGCACUGGCAUUUGGUUUAUCCCAAUAGCGGUACACGAGAGAUCAUUAACAAGGAUCGGCGCGGUGAACUCUUCUAUUACAUGCACCAACAGAUUUUGGCGCGUUACAAUGCCGAACGUUUUUGCAAUAAACUAGCAGCGACAUUACCGUUAAAUAAUCUUCGCGAACCAAUCGAAGAGGGUUAUUUUCCAAAAUUGUUAGAUCAUACGCAUCAACGCACCUAUCCGGGACGUAGCAGUCGUCUGUGUUUGCAGGAUGUGAAUCGCGAAGAUACCGCAGUCGAAAUUGCCGAUUUGGAGCGUUGGGCCGAUCGGAUCUUGGCCGCCAUCGAUCAGCUUUUUGUAGUAGAUUCGGAUGGCAAGAAGCAUAUAUUGGACGAGGUUACCGGCAUCGAUAUACUCGGCAAUAUUAUUGAGGAGUCUGAUCUCUCCAUCAAUGUGCAAUACUAUGGACAACUACAUAAUAUGGGACAUAAUUCACUUGCCAGCAUACACGAUCCAGAUCAUCGACACAAGGAGGAGUUCGGGGUGAUGGGACAAAAUAUGACCGCUAUGCGUGAUCCAGUCUUCUAUCGUUGGCACACUUAUAUAAAUAAUAUACUGUUCAAAUUCAAGAGAAUCUUGCCACCCUACAAUGAGCAACAGCUCAACUUCGCCGACAUUAAUUUGCGUGAAAUUGAAGUGCAGACCAGCACCCUGGAGGAACCGAAUCAUUUUGAGACAUUUUGGCAAAACUCAAAAGUUGACUUAGCGGCCGGCUUAGAUUUUACUGCCGAUAGCGGUUUAUUUGCCUCGUACACACAUCUGCAGCACGCGCCUUUCGAAUAUAGCUUUGUGGUUGAGAACGCCAGCGAACAUGUGAAGAGUGGCACGUGUCGCAUCUUCCUAUGUCCCAAAACGGAUGAACGUGGCAAACCACUGAAGUUGGAGGAACAGCGCUUAAUGGCAAUUGAAAUGGAUAAGUUUACCGUUAAGCUUUACCCCGGUGAAAACCUGUUGAAGCGUCUUUCUGUGGAAUCCUCCGUCACAAUCGCUGUCGAGCACACUUUUGGCCGCACCACCAAUAACGACGCACUCUCUGAGGCAAAUCCGGAGCUCAACACUCGUCUACACUUCUGCGGUUGCGGUUGGCCACAUUAUAUGCUGCUGCCUAAGGGUAGAACUCGCGGCUUGAAAUUCGACUUAUUUGUCAUGAUUUCAGACUACGCCGACGAUGCGGUUCAACAGCCUGGGCCACGAGGAAAUUGUCAUAACUGCGAAGAAAUGUCUAACGAAGUAACUGAAGUGUCUGAUGAGAAUGACACCCUCUGCAAUGACAAUGCGGUUUCCUUCUGCGGUCUCCGUGACAAAUUGUAUCCCGAUAAGCGUUCAAUGGGCUAUCCUUUCGACAGACGUUUACCAGCAGAGAGUCUUAAUGGACUUGUGGAGCAGUUUGGAAAUAUGCAAAGAAUUGAUGUCACAAUAACAUUUAAGGACGAGAUCAGAGCAGCCGAAGAUGAGGUUGACGAAAUUACACAAGAUAUCAGUGAUUUAGCACGAUAGAAGAUUAUAACCUGCACGAUGUGUAAAAUUAUAAAGAGUUGCCACCAACAAAGAAGUAUUUCAAUAAAUUAAAAUUAAUAUUUAACUCUUAUUUGAGUCAUAAACUUUAAUUUUGCGAAAAGAAAGCCAAACAAAAGUUUAA